AUGCACCGAUGUGAGGUGCACACCUCGAUGGUUAUCCGAGUAUCCGCAGACGUGUGCAACCAGCACCCCAGCCCAUCUCAGAACGUCUUCAUCACCUCUGAAAGACACCCCAUGUCCUUUUGCUAUCCCCCCACUACCCCCACCCACGCCAGGCAGCCACGAAGCUUCUUCCCGUCCCUGUGGGAGAGACCAGCGCACGCCAAUGCCAAUGUGGACAGCUCCGCGCCCCCCUCGGUGGCCCAGCUGGCCGGGCGGUUUAGGGAGCAGGCAGCUGCAGCGAAGGAGACACCAGCCAGUAAGCCAGCCAGAAGGAAACCGCCCUGCUCCCUGCCCCUGCCCCUGCUCGCCCCCAGGGCAGAUCUGGGCCCCAGUGGCGAGGAGAAGUCGCCGCCCAACGCCAGCCACCCUCCGAAAGUCAAGGUGAAGAGCUCACCGCUGAUCGAGAAACUCCAGGCCAACCUAUCCUUCGAUCCAGCGGCCCUGCUGCCCGGGGCCUCCCCCAAGAGCCCCGGGUUCAAGGCCAUGGUGUCCCCGUUUCACAGUCCGCCUUCCACCCCCAGCAGCCCUGGCGUGCAGCCUCGGUCCGGCGAGGGGGAGGAGGUUCCCGUCAGCUUCGACCAGCCCCCCGAGGGCGGCCAUCUGCCCUGCUGCACUAAGGUGCGAACGAGGGGCUCGAUCAAAAGACGCCCCCCCUCCAGGCGCUUCCGCAGGUCUCAGUCCGAUUGUGGGGACCUGGGAGAGUUCAGGGCCCCGGAGGCGGAGCCGUCCCAGGAGAACGGAGCCAAGGAGGAGAACGGGGACGGGGACGAGGUGUUCCCAGCCAAGGGCAAGACCCCCGGGUCACCCCGGGCCGGCAAGGCGGCUGCAGGGGAGAGCGCGGGGAAGCCGCCGCUGCGGAGGGCGUCCAGCAGGACUGAGCGGGGGCCCGACCCGCAGGACCAGCAACGCCAGCGCCCGACCCUGGCCCCGGAGGCCUCAGAGCCGCCCCGGAGCCCCAGCCCAGGAGCAGAGAACGGGUGUGGGAGCCCCGAGGAGGACCACCCCGCUGGAGAGGAGGCGGGGACGGAGAAGCCCGCGGAGGUGCAGGGGGAGAGGCCUGGCGUUGAAGACGGUGCACCAGGACGGGAGGGCCCUGAUGGGAAGGACCUGGAGGCGGGGUCCGCGAGGGAGCAGCCCCCGCAGUCACCCUCCGGAGGAGCCGAGGGCCUGGAACACAACAAGGAAGAGCAGGGGGAGGAUGCCGCUCCCGCUCCCGAGCCCGGCCUGGCCUCGCUGGAGACCGCCAGAGAGGUGCAGCCGCGCCCGCAGGAAGAGGCCUUUCCUAAUGGCCUGGGACAUGCCCCAGCCCCUCGUGCACCUGUGUGCUGUCAGUACAGCCCUCCACGGUGAUCCACGUCACCCCCACCUGGACCUGGGACAGCGGAAACAUCCAUUUCUCAGCUGGAGGAUGGGGUCAGGAGGCCCAGGCCCACACAGCUCCCGGCGUGGGGGAGCUGAGUAAUACCCUGUAGAUGCAUGCUGGGUCAGCAGCUCCUUUGCUGUCCUUUCCUGCAAAGACCUUCUAUUUUUAACGCUUUCUGUUCUUUUUUUCCACUUUUGUGCUGCCCAAGAAUCUUUUUUUUUCCCCUUUGGAGAAGUUUUUGCCAUAGGGCGUGUGCGCUCGCCAGACAGAGACAGAGAGACAGCGAGA